CAUGCGUAGUCAAGAUGGCUGUGGCCGUGGCUGCCGUCCGGGCGGGCUGGCGCUAUGCGAGGCCGGUGGGCUGGAGGCUGGGCUGCUGCCCGGGCCAGAGCCGGGCCGGGCUCUCCGGGGCGGCGGGGCGGUGGCCCGGGACAGCGCCCAAGGGGGCCCCGAGAUUGCUGGGGGUGGCGGCGCUGGCCCUCGGGGGCGCCUUGGGGAUCGGCCACACGGUGCGGGGCCGUCUGAAGUCCCAGGAGCAGUUGGCCAAGCAGGCGGUCCCCCAGCUUGCUGAGGGCCGUCUGCAACUGACCCUGUACCAGUACAAGACCUGCCCCUUCUGCAGCAAGGUUCGAGCCUUCCUGGACUUCCAUGCUUUGCCAUAUGAGGUAGUAGAGGUGAACCCUGUCCGGAGGCAGGAGAUCAAAUUCUCCUCCUACAGAAAGGUGCCUAUCCUGCUUGCCCAAGAAGGAGAAUUACUACAGCAACUUAACGACUCCUCCGUGAUCAUUAGCGCACUCAAGACGUACCUGGUGUCUGGAAAGAACCUGGAGGAUAUCAUUGCCUAUUACCCACCAAUGAAGUCAGUGAAUGACCAGGGGAAGGAGGUGACUGAGUUUGGCAAUAAAUAUUGGCUCAUGCUGAAUGAGAAGGAGACCCGGCGUCUCUACAGUGGGAAGGAAGCACAAACGGAGGAAAUGAAGUGGCGACAGUGGGCAGAUGACCGGCUGGUGCACCUCAUCUCACCCAAUGUCUACCGCACCCCCACCGAAGCCCUUGCUUCCUUUGAUUACAUUGUCCAUGAAGGCAAGUUUGGCGUUGUUGAAGGAGCCGUGGCCAAGUAUGUGGGUGCGGCGGCCAUGUUCAUCAUCAGCAAGAGGCUCAAGAGCAGGCACCAUCUACAAGAUGAUGUCCGCGAAGACCUGUACCAGGCAGCAAACCAGUGGGUGGCAGCGGUUGGCAAAGACAGGCCCUUCAUGGGGGGAAAGGAACCCAACCUUGCUGACUUGGCAGUGUAUGGAGUGCUGCGUGUGAUGGAGGGUCUGGAGGCCUUUGAGGACAUGAUGUGCCACACUCAAAUUGGACCCUGGUACCUUCGGGUGGAGAAAGCCAUUGCCGAAGCCCGAGGGCACUACUGACUCCCUUGUGCUGCCCUCCGGGGGGCUGAGUAUCAGGGACCUUUGGAUUCUGGAGCCAUGGCGGGGCCGGCCCUCAGGGAGUAGUAUGAAGGGCCCCUCCCUCAUUCAGCUCCAGCCCUGAGCCGCCCACUUCUGGUGGUGGGCAGACUGUUAGAGCCCUGGCCCGGGGAGCCGGGGAAGGAGCAGAGAAUCUUUCUUAGGGCUGCCCCUGAUCCCAGGGAGGCUGAGAUCCCUACUCAGAGCUCCUGGACUUUCACUAUUUAUUUCUGGUCUUCCUUGAGGGCUUCCGGGACCUCCCUCCCAGCCUGCCCUGGUGGCUUUCUCUGAACUCUUGAGUGUCUAGGAGGGAAGGAACAGGCCCUGGAACUGAGGGAAGGAGCUAUGGGCUUCCCAGGGCAUUUUCUGGAAAGUUCCAAGGUCCCUGGACGGGGGCCAGGUGGUUCCUUGUGGCCUAGGUCUCCUUGCCCUUGCUCAGAGGGUCCUAGAGAAAGGCUUCCUAAGCUAUGAGUCUGUUUGCAAUAAAGAAACGGUUUGCUGUUCCAAGGCUCUGACCCAAUUAUGAAAUAUAA